GACUAUUCCGUGUCAUUUUCCCAGAUGAAUUGGUGAGCUCUCACUCGCUGGUGUGCCGUCAUUGCCUCGCUUAGCAGGCGGCCGGCAGCUGGAGGGCGAAACCCGGACCCGAUGUUGUGGAUGUUUACGUAGCUUCACCCAUGCUAACCGGACCUCCAUCGUGUCGGAAGAAGACCGCAGUGAUGUUUUUAUUAUCACAUUAAGUCGAUGACGACGAGCUGCUAACGUUACGAGGAAUAAAGGCACCCCAGCUCGCCAGGUUUUGUGACGCAGGAAGCCAGUAUUUGCCUCAAAAUGGCUGUCGUGCGACAGUUUGGACUCCUGGUGUGGAAAAAUUAUCUUCACCAGAAACGUCAGAUCCUGGUAACCCUGGUGGAGAUCCUCCUCCCUCUGUUGUUCUCCGGCAUCCUCAUCGUGCUGCGUCAGAAGGUACCAUUUAAGGACUACCCCAAUGCCACCAUCUAUGAGAGCUACUCGGUGGACAUGCUGCCCAGAAGCUUCCUGAGACGCUUACACUUGGCCUACGUGCCGGCCAACUCCAGCGUGGUGCGGCAGGUGGCGGAAGACGUGCGAAUCAAUCUGGCGUUGGCCGCAGUGCACGGCUUUGAGACGGAGAGGCACUUUGAGGACUACGUGAGAACGGACCCUCUGUCGGGAAAGCUUCUGGCGGCCGUGGUGUUUGAGAAGCCUUGUUGUCACAAUGACGAGCCGCUGCCCCUUCAGGUCAGCUACCACCUGCGCUUCACCUUCACUCCUCGCAACGCCCCCCCCAAAGAGAAGUCGGAGCUGGACCCCAAUAGUGACUUGGACUGGCACACGCUCAGCCUCUUUCCUCUUUUUCUCCUCCCGGGCCCUCGAGAACAGUAUGACAAGGAGGGGGGCACGCCUGGGUAUUUUCGAGAGGGGUUCCUGGCGGUGCAGCACGCCGUGGAUAAAGCCAUCAUGCGCUCGUAUAACAGAAGCGCCGCCGCCACCCUGCUGGGACAGACCCGAGUGGUCCUGUCCCGGUUCCCUUACCCCGCCUUCAUAUACGACGUCUUCAUCCUGGCCAUUCAGAACCAGCUGCCCCUCUUGUUGGUGCUCAGCUUCACGUACACGUCCCUCAACAUCGUGCGAGCCGUGGUGCAGGAGAAGGAGAGGAAGCUGAAGGAGUACAUGAGGAUGAUGGGACUCAGCAACUGGCUCCACUGGACUGCUUGGUUCCUCAUGUUCUUCCUCUUCCUCUCCAUCUCCGUCUUUUUUGUCACUUUGCUCCUUUGCAUCAAGGUGAGCCCAAACGGAGCGGUGCUAAGCUACAGCGACCCCACGCUGGUCUUUGUCUUUCUUCUCAUCUUCACUGUAGCCACCAUCAACUUCAGCUUCAUGAUCAGUGCCUUCUUUUCACGAGCCAACGUGGCUGCGGCAGCGGGAGGGUUCACCUAUUUCAUGAGCUACCUGCCUUAUUUGUUCCUGUGGCCUCGCUACGACCUACUCAGCCACGCCCAGAAAGUGUCGGCCUGCCUUAUCUCCAACGUGGCCAUGGCUAUGGGAGCCCAGCUCAUAGGGAUGUUUGAAGGCAAAGGCACGGGCAUUCAGUGGUCGAACAUGUUUGAUUCUGUGACGGUGGACGAUGACUUCUCGCUGGCCCAGGUGAUGGGUUUGCUGCUCUUUGACGCUGUCCUCUACGGCAUGGUGGCCUGGUACGUGGAGGCCGUUUUUCCUGGAGAGUACGGCGUGCCUCUGCCAUCGUACUUCUUUAUACUGCCGUCGUACUGGUGCAGCAGCCCUCGUAUGGCGCUCCUGCAGGAGAAGGAGGAAGAGGAGGAUGCAGAAAAGGCCCUGAAGGGGGAAUUUAUAGAGGAGGAGCCCAGCGGGGUCAUCUCCGGGGUCAAGAUUAAACACCUUGCCAAGGAGUUCCGAGUCGGCAACAAAACCCGCAAAGCUGUGCGGGAUCUGACGCUGAACAUGUUUGAGGGGCAGAUCACGGUGCUGUUGGGACACAACGGCGCCGGGAAGACCACCACGCUGUCCAUGCUGACAGGCUUGUUUCCGCCCACAAGUGGGAGGGCCUACAUCAACGGUUACGACAUCUGUCAGGAUAUGGCUCUGAUCCGACGCAGCCUCGGACUCUGUCCCCAGCACGACGUCCUGUUCGAUAACCUGACCGUGAGAGAGCACCUGCUUUUCUACGCGCAGCUGAAAGGCUUCUCCAAGGAGAAGAUUCCAGAAGAAGUGGACAGGAUCAUCUGUAUCCUUCACCUUGAAGACAAGCGGAACGCUCGAUCUAAGACUCUGUCGGGUGGAAUGAAGAGAAAACUCUCCAUCGGCAUCGCCCUCAUUGGAGACUCCAAGGUGGUGAUGUUAGACGAGCCCACGUCAGGCAUGGACCCGUCGGCACGCCGCGCCACCUGGGAUCUUCUCCAGGGCGAGAAAAGCAGCCGCACCAUCCUGCUCACUACGCACUUCAUGGACGAGGCCGACCUGCUCGGAGAUCGCAUCGCCAUCAUGGCCGGAGGAGAGCUGCAGUGCUGCGGCUCGCCGCUUUUCCUCAAGAACAAAUACGGUGCCGGCUACCACAUGGUGAUCGUCAAGGAGGCCAUGUGUAACGUGUCAGAGAUCACGCGCCUCGUUCACCUCUACGUUCCAAACGCCACCAUGGAGAGCAGCGCGGGCGCCGAGCUGUCCUACAUCCUCCCGAAAGAAAGCACCAGCAGGUUUGAGCUUCUGUUUGCUGAGCUGGAGAUGAACAGAGAGGAACUGGGCAUCGCCAGCUACGGAGCGUCAGUCACCACCAUGGAGGAGGUGUUUCUCAGAGUGGGAAAACUGGUGGAUUCCAGUUUGGACAUCCAGGCGAUCCAACUGCCCGCCCUGCAGUACCAACACGAGCGGCGCUCGCACGACUGGUCCACGGACGAUGCCAGCAGCAUCAGCGGCAUGACCGAUGUCACCGACUUCACCGACAGCGGCACUCUCAUCUCCGAGGACUGCUCCAACAUCAAACUCAACACCGGGGUCAGACUUUACAUGCAGCAGUUUUACGCCAUGUUCCUGAAGAGGGCGCUGUACAGCUGGAGGAACUGGAAGGUGAUGGUGGCCCAGUUUCUCAUUCCUUUGGUGUUCACCGUGGUGGCGUUAGUCGUGGCGCGCACCUUCCCCAAUCACAAGAACGCCCCUCAGCUGGGCUUGGAGCUCGCUCGUUACGGCCCCACGCGGGUCCCCGUGGCGUUGCAAGCGGAUGCCGGCCCCCUGGCCUCCCACAUGGCCACCGCGUACAAUUGGCAGAUCCUGGGUCAGCUGGGCCAGCUUAUUAACGUCACAGACUUUACAGAUUACAUCCUCACCCAAGCCGAGGAAGAGGGCGGCAGCUUUAACGAGCGCUGCGUGGUGGGCGCCGCUUUCCGUGGCAGCAGCAGCCACUUUGCGGAGGCGACGGGCUACUUCAACAACGAGGGCUACCAUACGCCCGCCACGGCUCUCAUGAUGGUGGACAACGCUCUCUUUAAGCUCCUCGCAGGGCCCAACGCUUCCAUCCACGCGGCAAACUACCCAAUGCCGCGUAACCUGUCGGAGGUGGCUCAGGGCCAGCUUACAGAAGGAAAAACGGGCUUCAUCAUCGCCAUCAAUCUGAUGUACGGGAUGGCGUCCUUGUCCAGCACAUUCGCACUCCUGCUGGUCACCGAGUCGGCCGUCAAAUCCAAGCACGUUCAGAAGGUCAGCGGCGUCUACCUGUCCAACUUCUGGUUCUCGGCGCUGCUGUGGGAUCUGGUCAACUUCCUGUUGCCGUGCCUCCUCAUGCUGGUGGUCUUCCAGGCUUUCAGCGUGGACGCCUUCGUCAAGGACAAGCGGCUGGUGGACGUCCUGCUGCUGCUGCUGUUGUACGGUUGGGCCGUGGUGCCUCUCAUGUACCUGCUCAGCUUCCUCUUCUCAUCCGCCGCCACCGCCUACACACGUUUAACCAUCUUCAACAUGAUCUCCGGCACCGCAACCUUCUUGGCCGUCACCAUCAUGACCAUACCGGAGUUAAACCUGAAGAACUUGUCCCGCCUCCUGGAUAAGGUCUUCCUGAUCUUCCCCAACUAUUGUUUGGGAAUGUCUUUCUCCCAGUUCUACCAGAACUACGAAUUCAUGUCCUUUUGCACCACCAGCCCCAUCACACAGUCUAUCUGCAAGUACUUAAAUAUCACGUACCAAAGCAACUACUUCUCCAUGUCGGAGCCCGGCGUGGGACGCUUCCUGGUGGCGUUCUCCGUGCAAGGGACCGUCUACAUCCUUUUACUGUUCGUCAUCGAGCUGCAGUGUGUCCGCACCCUGCGGCGGUUCCUGUCCUCGUUGUGCAGAAGACAAAAACGGUUGCCUUUUCUCGGCGACGCGGCGUUGCUGCCAGAGGACAGAGACGUAGCGGACGAGAGGAAGAGGGUUCUGGAGUGCCAGCCCAUGGUGGAGUCCAUGGUUGGGAGUCCUCUCAUCCUGCAGGAGCUCAGCAAGGUGUACAGCAGCGGCCAGACGCUCCUGGCUGUGGACCGCCUUUCUCUGGCUGUGGGGAAAGGAGAAUGUUUCGGGCUGCUGGGUUUUAACGGCGCAGGAAAAACCACCACCUUCAAGAUGCUGACCGGCGAUGAGAGCGUCACCUCCGGGGACGCCUACAUCGAUGGCUACAGCAUCCUCAGAGACAUCAAGAAGGUGCAGCAACGUAUCGGCUACUGUCCUCAGUUUGACGCCGUCCUGGAUCACAUGACCGGGAGAGAAACUCUGAGCAUGUACGCCAGGCUCCGAGGAAUCCCCGAGAAGUACGUGUCGGGCUGCGUGGAGAACGUCCUUAGGUCGCUGCUGCUGGAGCCGCACGCUGACAAGCUGGUGCGCAGCUACAGCGGGGGCAACAAGCGCAAGCUGAGCGCCGGCAUGGCUCUCAUCGGCGGCCCUCCUGUCAUCUUCUUGGACGAGCCGUCCACGGGGAUGGACCCUGUAGCCCGGAGGCUACUGUGGGACGCCGUGACGCGCACGAGGGAGUCAGGCAAGGCCAUUAUCAUCACGUCCCACAGCAUGGAGGAGUGUGAGGCGCUCUGCACCAGACUGGCCGUGAUGGUCAACGGCCAGUUUAAGUGCCUCGGGAGUCCGCAGCACCUCAAGAGCAAGUUUGGCAGCGGCUACACCCUGCUGGCUAAAGUCCACACUGAGGCCGACUUGGAGGACGGUGACCUGCAGCUUUUUAAAGACUUCAUCCAAAGCACCUUCCCAGGAAGCCAACUCAAGGAUGAACACCAGGGAAUGGUUCACUAUCAUCUCACUGACAGAACGCUUACCUGGGCACAGGUGUUUGGCACGUUGGAGGCGGCCAAGGAGAAGUACCGCAUCGAGGACUACUGCGUGAGUCAGAUCUCACUGGAGCAGGUCUUCCUCAGCUUUGCUCAGUUCCAGCACUGCACGGAGGGCAGGAGGAAGUAAGACACCCGCCCCGACACCCGCCCGGGCAUCCAUGGAACCUUACCCUUUGUGUGUGUGUGCAUGUGUGUGUGUGUGUGUGUGUGUGUGUACAUGGACUUGACAUUUCUCACCGUCCACUUGAGCUUGUGUUGCGUAACGGGGAAUGGCCGACAUAACGGUGGUGCUGCACCUUUUUAGGAUGUUUUUUUAUCGCCAGAUCAAAGGUGACGAAGCCACGCAUCGCUAUUGAGUUUGCGUCCAAAUGUAUUUGUUUGUUAUUAUUUAUCUAAGAUUAUUUUAAUGACCUUUUAUAAGGAUAAAUAUCAUCAAAAGAAAAAAAAAGGAUGUUCAUAUGAUCGUCACACACCUCCAAGCCUUAUCUAACAUCCGACUUUUACUUGAUUUUAACGUUAUAGCCCCCGUUUCACUGCGCUAAUGUUCUUAGCAAGGUCAUGUGAUGCCUUCAGGCGACUUUGAAGCCUUGCAUGUAAGGCAGGGGUGUCCAACACGGGGGGCAGGGGCCCUGCAUCACAUUCCAUCCAUCUUCUAUGCCGCUUAUCUCCUCGCUAGCGUCGCAAGGGGGUCGGAGGUGGGGGGGUAUGCUGGAGCCUAUCCCAGGUGUGGGGUACGCCCUGCACUGGACACCAGCCUAUCAUAGGACACACAUAGACAGCUGCAGCUCAUGCUAGAAAUAUUAUUUCAACAAUAAAACAAUAAUUUUACAAGAAUAAAAUCCAAAUAUAAAGGGGAAAAAAAUCUGAAAAUUAUGAGGAAAAAUCAUAUAAUUUUAGUAGUGAAAAGUUGAAAAGAUGUUUUUUUUUUUAAAGUUGUAAUAUUAUGGUAAAAAAACAAACAAACACAGAUGUCAUUUCUGGAAAGAAAAAAAAUCCAAAUAUUCUGGUACUAGAGUCACAAUUACAUGAAAAAAAUUGUCAAAAUUAAAUCCAAAUAUUAAAAGAAAAAAGUUUUCAUUUUCGGAGAAUAAAGCCGUAAUAUUAUGAUUAUCAUUUUAGCGACUAAAAUGUGUUUUUUUUAACUUGUGAUAUUAUGAAAAAGGUGAUUUUUCUUAGUCAGAAUAUGAAAAGAAAAAUAGACUUAAAAUAUUCAAGUACUAUUAACUAAAGAAAAUAUGAGAUGUAGUCAUAAUAUUUCCAAAAGUACAAUUUUGAAGAUUAUUUCAGAAGAAAGUUGAAAUAUUUGGAAAAUGUUAGCAAAAAAAAGGCAAAAUGUGUAAAAAAAAAAAAAAAAAAGUUGUUAUGAAUCAGAGUAUGUGAAUAAAGCUGAGAUGCUGGACAUCCCGUACGUGUAAGCUGGCAGCGUAAGAUCACAGUUGCAUGGCGGGACCAUGCGGCCCCGGACACCCCCGCUUGAAGGCAAACAUGCACGUGAAUGUGCACGUGAGACGCAUCAAUACAGCCGAGUCGACACCCUGAAAGUCGCUUUUCUUGCCAAAACGUUUUGUCCUUGAAAACAAGACGCCACGGUGUUUUUGUUCAAAACAACAAGCGUGUGAGCGUGCACGUGGGAGAGACACGCACGGGAUGGAUUUAUCAUCAUCAUCAUCAUCAUCAUGAUAUAGCAGAGCCUUAGAGAGUCAAUGUGCUUUCUUCCUCUAUGCCUUCUUUUCUUGCCUUUUUCACCCCUUUGAUUCCGUCCUUAUCACACGGUCAACUUAUUAUCAACGCCAUCUGUGUUGAUAUGAAAUGAAUGUAUUUAUCAAGCAAAAAAAAAGAUGAGAUGAAUCCCAGCAUGAUACGCUUUAAAAAAAAAAACAAAAAAAACAGCGCCAUCCCACACCUUGAAGUUGGCUUACAUUGUAUUUUUGCACACGCCGUCUUAUGCACAACUUGAAUGAAACGUUUCAGGUGGUGGAGGGUACACGAACAUGUACACGUUCACGUACAAGUACAUGUACGUGGAAGGUGAAACAUGCACAUAUUUCAUUACGCUCAUGCCGUAUAAGGGAAGUGAUAUAUAAUUGGAAUUGUAUCCAGCUCAUCCAUCAUGUCAGCUACACCAUCUAUGUACACUAGCUCUAUGUACACGAGAUCUAUAUACACUAGCGCUGUGUACACUAGCUCCGUGUACUGUAGCUCUGUGUGCAUUAACUCCCGUGUACAGUAAAUAUCUGUACACGAGAUGUAUGUAUGUAUGUAUGUAUGUGUGUAGCAUCCAAACUUUUGACAUUAAAUCAUAGAAAAUAGAACAUGCAAGCAAAGACGGGACUUUUUCUUUGUACAGUCAUCAUCUGCAAAUUGUUGAUAUGAAAUAUCAGUUUGAAUUAUUUUUUAUUAUCAUGAAUCGUUAUUUGUAAAAUUGAAAUAAUACUUAAUAUGAAUGAUAUAGACUUGGAUUAAGCAUGAUUAUUUGUGUAAUUGUGUUGAUAGAAUACUUGCAGCAUUUGGAUGAUUAUUUGGGACAAGAAUUCUUAUGGUAAUUCUUAUGGUAAUGGUUUAUUUCAUUUGAACAUGCAUCAGAUUACAAUUGAAUGCAUCCCAUAAUCAGUUCACAGUUCCACAUGUCCAAAAGGAAUAGGAAGAAGCAAAGCUUAUUAAAUCCUACCCCUCCAUCUGGUACUUUUACAAUCAGUAACUGUUACAUUUGUUCACUUCCUGCCUUUCUGAUAGUACCAUACCAUAGUAAGUGUCAAUAUAGUGAUAUACAGUGCAUCCGGGAAGUAUUCACAGAGCUUCACUUUUUCUACAUUUUGUCAUGUUACAGCCUCAUUCCAAACUGUAUUAAAUUAAUCUCUUACCUCAAAAUUCUACACAAACUACUCCAUUAUGACAAUGUGAAAAAAGUUUUUUUUGACAUGUUUUGAAUUUAUUAAAAAUAGAAAACAAAAAAAUCACAUUUACAUAAGUAUUCACAGCCUUUGCUUCAUACUUUGUUGAUCCACCUUUGACAGCAAUUACAGCCUCAAGUCUUUUUGAAUAUGAUCCCACAAGUUUAGCACACCUAUCUUUAGGCAGUUUUGCCCAUUCUUCUUUGCAAUAAGUCUCAAGCUCCAUCAGGUUGGAUGGGAGACGUCUGUGUACAGCCAUUUUCAGAUCUCUCCAGAGAUGUUCCAUCGGAUUCAAGUCUGGACUCUGGCUGGGCCACUCCAGGACAUUCACGGAGUGGUUCUGAAGCCAAUCUUUUGAGAUCUUGGCUGUGUGCUUCGGGUGGUUGACCUCAGGCUGGGGCGAAGGUUCAUUUUUCAGCAGGACAAGAGCGCUCUGGAGCAGGUUUUCAUCCAGGAUAUCUCUAUAUAUUGCUGCAUUCAUUUUUCCUUCUAUCUUGACUAGUCUGCCAGUUCCUGCUGCUGAAAAACAUCCCCACAGCAUGAUGCUGCCACCACCAUGCUUCACUGUAGGGAUGGUAUUGGUCUGGUGAUGAGCAGUGCCUGGUUUCCUCCAAACAUGGCGCCUGGCAUUCACACCAAAGAGUUCAAUCUUUGUCUCAUCAGACCAGAGAAUUUUGUUUCUCAUGGUCUGAGAGUCAUUCAGGUACUUUUUGGCAAAUUCCAGACGGGCUGCCAUGUUCCUUUUACGAAGGAGUGGCUUUCGUCUGGCCACUCUACCAUGCAGGCCUGAUGGGUGGAUUGCUGCAGAGAUGGUUGUCCUUCUGGACGGCUCUCCUCUCUCCACAGAGGAACGCUGGAGCUCUGACAGAGUGACCAUCGGGGCCUUGGUCACCUCCCUGACUAAGGCCCUUCUUCCCCGAUCGCUCAGUUUAGAAGGCCGGCCAGCUCUAGGAAGAGUCCUGGUGGUUCCAAACGUCUUCCAUUUACGAAUAAUGGAGGCCACUGUGCUCAUUGGGACCUUCAAAGCAGCAGAAAUGUUUCUGUAUCCUUCCCCAGAUUUGUGCCUCAAGACAAUCCUGUCUCGCAGGUCUACAGACAGUUCUUUUGACUUCAUGCUUGGUGUUUGUGCUCUGACAUGCACAGUCAACUGUGGGACCUUAUAUAGACAGGUGUGUGCCUUUCCAAAUCAUGUCCAAUCAACUGAAUUUACUGCAGGUGGACUCCAAUUAAGCUGUAGAAAGAUCUCAGGGAUGAUCAGUGGAAAAAAGAUGCACCUGAGCUCAAUUUUGAGCUUCAUGGCAAAGGCUGUGAAUACUUAUGUAAAUGGGAUUUCUUAGUUUUCUAUUUUUAAUCAAUUCAAAAAAAGUCACAAAAAAAAACUUUUUCACAUUGUCAUAAUGGAGUAU